AUGUUUGAAAGCCAAAUGACUGCCACCCUGCUUGCUUCGGUUUACAAUCCAGUUCUCUAUGCAAGUCUCGGCUACGGAACAGUCAUGCAGCUUCUUCUCACAGAAAUGUGGGCCAACAUCACGAUCAUCGGCAACACUUUCUGUGCCUUUACGGUUGAUCGGAUGGAAGAGUAUUUUCCUUAA